UAAUUUUUAGUAAUAUCUAUUUCGAGAAUCUUUUAAAACAUUCAACGUAUUCCUUUUGUGUAUGCACAAAAUAUUUCUUUUGAAGCUGACAUCUCAGAUGAUUUGUGUACGUCACAUGAAGCGUGCAGAGGGGAAAAAAUAUGUUCAAUAAAAGGACAAGUCGGCAUUUGUACCUGCAAAUCUGGGUUCAUAGGGUUCGGAAACGACUGUCUAAAGGGAAACUUAAGUCUGAAUGAAUCAUGCCAGCGAAAUGAGCAGUGUUCUAUGGUACUUGGCUCUGUUUGUGAAAACAACACAUGUGCCUGUAGAGAUGGCUAUGUCUCAUUUAACGAUGACUCCGAAUGUUCUCUGCCGCUGCCAGGUAGCAAUUCUCAAGCAAAUGUCCAAGACCAAACAGAAGAUAGAGUGGUCGGGUUGAUGGUUGGAGCUGUUUUUGGAGGCCUUAUCUUGGGGAUUGUCCUUACUGUCCUCGGAGUCAUCUGCUACAAAAAUAUACGAAAUGGGAAACCUAAAAAUGCCAAAAAGGAUGACCAGACGGCUGUAGUUUUUAACAACACUUCUUAUGAAACUGAAAGAGGAGCAGAUCAGAAUCGUUUUGCCGAGCAACGAACAAAUGAGAAACAGAUUGUAAAUGUGCCACCGUUUGCUCAUUCCGUUGAUUUACCAGGAACAAAAAACGCGCGCACCCAUCAUGGAAAUAAAAGUUCGAUGAUGAAAAGUUAUGACGUAAAUGAUGACGUAUACAACCAUCUGCAUGAAAAGGAAGAGGAUUCCGAAAAUGAUGAAACUUACGACCACGCCCAUGGAAACAUAAACAGUGCCAUGGAUGAUAGUGAUUACAGCAAUCUCAACACAGGGAUAAGAUAUAAGGAACCUGAUGUUUCUGCUGCUGAAGUUAACGAUUAUGAUGACAGAGAGCCGCCUGGUGAUUACUGUGCACUAUAAAAGCAGUAAAGAUGUACAUGAAUAUUCAUGUGCAAAAUUACUUCUGUGCCUAGUCCGAGUCACACAUUUUAUUUCUGAAACUGUUUGUUGCCUUACAUUAACUUUAGAGACUUUACGCAGGCAUAACACAAAUAGUGAAAGAGAUGUACAAUUAAAUGUUAAAUGUACAAUUCCAAUCAUAAUAAUGAUUGAUUUUAUAAUAAUUUUUUAUAGCGUUUUUUCUCGCAUAAUUGCUACUCAAUGUGCUUUACAAUACAUUAUUACCCCAGCAGACCAUAACAAUCCAGAAUCUUUCUCAGUGAAAGCUGCCUUUAAGGCGCUAGAACGCUAACAUUCUGACAAUAUCUUUCACUGUCUAUAGCCAGGUACCCCUUAUUACACUUGGAUGGAGUGAGGAAAUUCGUGAAAAGUGCCUUUUCCAAGGACAAAACCUCGAAUUGCCUUGGUCCGGAUUCGAACUCACAACCUUUUGUUUGGAGUUCGGCACCUUAACCACUAGACUACCGACGCUAUCGCUUGGAUAACAUAGGAAAAACAAUUUUCAAUGAUUUUUCUUUCUUAAGUUUGUGCGCUCUUAAGGCACAGAUUCAUUUGACUACAUUUUUGGUAUGAUCUUUCGAGUCGGGGAUCUUCAUUUCUUCUCCUUUUAUAAUGCUGAACAGAUUUUUUUUGCCUUGAAAUAUUAGGUUAUUUACGUUGAUAAUUACAUAUAAGUCAUGCCUUUUCAAUCAAUUCUUCAGGAUCAACUCUGCAAGGUGUUGGUAAUACCGUGCAGCCCAGAAAAAAAAACACGAACAUUCGAACGCUAUUUGCUUUUCUCUUUAACAUUUUAAUAAAAUAUUUUUGUUUUACCUGUAUUGCCAAUAAUUGCUAUUCACACACUUUCUGUCACGUUUCAUCAGCUUUCUCAUAAUUCAAUGAGUUUUUGCAAUAACUCAAUGAUUUUAGUUGCGUAUUAAUAAAAAUUAUUAAAACUAUAAUCCAGAAAAUUCAGAUUGGAAAUGUGAGAAAGUUAAAACACUCACCGGUAUUGUCAUUCCGUGCUCAGUGAUGUGUGAACAGUUUAACAAAUGUAACACACCUAGUUUAAACGAUUAACAGAGCUCGUGUCCUGUUUAGAAGAAGAGUAAACGUUUUCCGGGUGUGUUCCUUUUGCUAUGUUAAAUUCUGCACACAUCGCUGAUGAUGGAAUGACAAGCGCCCUGCUUAAGGAGGAAUGCCAUUGCAUACACUGGUUUUUCAUUAAUCUUUAAAACACCCCCAUUGAGUAAUGGUUUCAGCAAUGAAAGCCCAAUGUUAUCUCUUUUGCACAUUUUCAGAAAAAAUGCAAAAAAUAUUAUAUUUGCAAAUUAGGGGCUUACGGUUUAAUAUUUGCUGUAAAUAGAUACGUGAUAUUAAUGGUUUUAAGAAAAUGGUGUGACGAAAGACUGGAUAGACAUUUUCACUUUCUAAUAAAAAAAAUAAUGAAAAUUAAACAUUAUUAUUGAAUUUUUAUUAAACCUAUUGUCAAAAUCUUUAAACUAGUCAUAAGGAGAGAAAACAUCUUAGUCAUAUUAAAAAAAAUUGCUUUUUUUUGAGAAAAUAACUUAUAAAAUUUUGCCAAUUCACAUCGCAAUUAAACAUAUCCCAACACGAAUUUAAAAAAAAAUGAAAAUAAAUAACAUAAUUAAAAGAAUAAUGGUUUGAUUAUGUAUACUUCAGGUUAAAAAUUAACUAAACUUGACAAUAAUAUAGAUUUUUAUGUUGUUAAUACAUAACGAAAGCAAUACAUUAUUAUUUAUUUAAUUCAUUUUUUAUAAUGGGGAUCAAUUUAAUUUUGAUCCGGUUUGGUCCAAAUCCUAGGAAAUAUUCUCAAAAAUUUUGCAAUUUUAUUUAUCUUUUUCUUAUGAUUAAUUGGCACGUUCUCCACAUUUAUGCAUAAAUUUAUGAAGAUUUAAACAUUAGAUUAAAAUGAAUAUACAUAGAUAAUGUGUUUUAUUUUCAUAAAUGAUUUUUAUAUGAAAAAGAUUAAAAUGCCUAUCCAGCUUUUCAUUACAUAUUUUAUUAAAUAUUCAUAUAGUGGAUCUAUUUACAGGAACUGUUAAAUCGUAAAGGUUCUUUGUUAUAAAUUAAACAUUUUUCAAAUUUUCUCUGAAAAAUGCCAAAAAAAAAAAAAUCAUUUGAAAAAUGGACCAUUACAGGAGUGUCUCUCCUCCACUAUAGCCAUAGUAUUUUUAACUACUGUUCCAAUGAUUAUGAUAAUAAUAUAAAUAAUAAUUAUCUUGACAUUCGAGUUUUCUUUCAAAUGUUCGUGCACCUUACAUACCAUAUUCAAAAGAUUUGAUUUUUUUUUUGGUGCCGGGGAAACGUCGAUUUUUUACCAUCAGGACAUUUUUUCACUAGAUCUGUUGUAAAAGAAUUUUUCUCAAUUUAUUUAAGAGAAAUUGCUAAAAAAAAUUAUUGAACCCGUAUAAUCAAUGCAAUAAAAAGAAACCAAUUCUCAAAGAGAAAAGACUGUUUAUUUCUUUUUCUCUUCCUUCCUCUAUUGGAUUUAAUUCUAAUCAACUAAAGCGGAGACACUUCGUGGAGGAUUCCAUUGUAAGUAAUAAUGAUAAUAAAUAAAUUUAAAAAAAACUAUAACAAUAAUGGCGUAUUGAUAAAUCAACAACUUAAUUUUCCUAAAUUUAUAUUUAGAGUGUAAUAUAAACUGUGUCCUAGCGAGUUAAUAAGAAUUUUCAGAUUACGUUUACUACUGUACAAUUAAAACAUAUUCAUGACAUCGCGUCAAAAUUCUUCGUAAAAUCUCGACGUUCUGCUAUAAAAGGUACUGUAUUCCUCGUUAUAUUUUUCCAGUGCAUACGUUUAAGUCAGGUUCAUCAAUUAUAUAUCAUUUGCAAUUGGUUCUAAAAAUUCUAACCUUUUCAAAAUGUUUUGAAUGGAGCAUGUGUGACAGCCGGCAUUUUUGGCCAAUACCGUACUUUGUUCUUAUCAAAAUCAAUUGGAAGGGUGGUUAAUAAUUAUUUGUAAACAUAUUGUAUGUUGUUCAAGUAUUACUCAUAUCAAGACAAGAUAUGUUUGGGUCUUUGGAAUCUCUUAUAAUAAGUGAUUAAAAAGACGCAUUAGUACAUGUAAAUGCGGUUAUAAAUAUUUACGCUAUUUUUUUUUUUUUACUUUUAAUCAAUAAAUUGUAUCAAUGCUAAAAAUAAUUAUACAAAUUUCCAAAUUGCAUGUGUAUCAAAUUUAAUUGCGGAGUAGUGUAUUACAAACGAUUUUAAGGUCAUAUAAGAGGAGGAGCAACAAAAUCGAUAGAAUUAAUAAUAAUCAGUCAGCAGAGGUUAAAAAU